AUGGCUAAGGACAGCACAAUAGCAAGUGCAGGUUACCUUCGUGCCUCCUUGAUAUCACGGUAUAAAGGCCUAGUCAGCAGCCAGAUAUUUUUGGGUGUUUCAUCCCUGAUGGGAGCAGUUGCAUGCUUUGCCUCGGAAUUCCGUGGACCAGAGACAAGGAGCAGCUCUUGGCUCCGGAGGCUGAUGGAGAGGCACCCCGGGACAUGCCAAGGAGCAGGCAGUAAUAACUCCAGACAAACCAUUCUCAGCAGAGAGCAGCAAGAGGCUAACAGCUUGAGCACAGGUCUAAGAGACUCCAAGCCAAUUAAUGAACUGUGUAGCCUCUCUGCUGAAAUCAGGGAGCCCACAAGCAGGGCUUCAGGAGUUUGCAGAAGUAGUGAGACUACUGAGGCUGUUUUCUGUAAGUUUGUGAUUCCCCGUGCUGACAAUGAUGCACAUGAAUCCAUCCAGAUCCAGAACUUGCUGCAGAAUAAAUUUUGUGUUAAAUCUGAAAUAAUCUUUGCAGAGAUACCUUGUAGCAAACAUGUCUUGGAAAACUUAAGUGAUGCUGUGAAUGGCUCAGCAUGGACUAUUAUGCUACUGACAAAUUUUCUGAAUGGAUCUUGGUACGUGUUUCAGUCUUACACUUCCUUUGUCAAUGUGCUCAAUGGCAUAAAUUACAACUCUGUGAUACCUGUGAGACCACUGAAUAACCCACUUACCCAGGAGAAGACUUUUUUUGCCUUCCAGGCUGUUAAUGCACCGUAAGAGGAUAGUCCUGGCUUUGCAAAACAAGUGGAGAAAAUUUUCCAGGAGUCUACACACAGGCAACAGUGA